UGGUAAUGCCAGAAGUUAUAUUCUUUUAUUUAAUAAGGUUUUUUUUUGUAUUAUUAAAAGAAAAUACACUUUACUACUAACAUCGUUAAGGAGAAAUUAAAAAAAGUAGGAAUAUAUUUUUUCUUAAAUAAUAAAAAACUUUAACUUUUUAAACGAAGAAGCUGGCAACCGUGUUGGGUAGUCAAUGGCGGUAGAGAAUGUGUGACAAAUGACAAUUUCUUGUGGAAUAAACAAGUUUUCUCGAUGGACGAUUCGUUUUUUGGUUUCGACACAUCUGUGCCGUUUGAAGAGGACGGGGCUGGCGGACAAAUUGCUGAGCCUUCCGAAGAAGAAUAUGAUGCUCUCAACGAUGAAACUUUUGGGUCGGCCACUAAUGGAGACUGGGAAGAAGCGCAUGAAUCAAUGGUUAAACUUACAGACUGUUUUGUGCCCGAAAGUGUGUGCGAAAACACUCCGGAGCCGAAAGAACGAAAAAUUAAAAAUGUAAAUUCUCAGUCAUUACCUUCAGCAAAAGGACCACAUGCACGCUAUAUAGAGAAAUUUACAGAUUCUGAUUUAGAGUUGAAUCUGUCAGGAAUGAAACUGGACGAUGUUGAUUUAAGUUUCGACGAUAACGAAAGUUUAAGUGGAGUCGGUGGCUUAAGAUUGGAUCCAAGUGUUUGGGCUUCAAAUUCUUUUAAAACUUCUGCUAUGAAUGAAAAUAACGAAAAUCAGAGAUGUGACACAGAUUCUGUUUUCGAAUUUGGAGAGGCCUCUGCAUCAAAAGGGGGGUACAUUCCACAGUAUCUAAAUACCCGUGGAGAAAUGGUUAAACGAAUUGAUUCUUAUGGAACUCCAGCUGCUCCUAAAUUUUGUACCCUGGAAGAUAUUGAAAGAAAUAUUAUUAUUGAACAGACCAUGCGAAAACAGCAAGAACUUCAAUCACCAGCUAAUGACUCUCGACAUUUACAUCAUACCCAAAGGCAGCAUAUUCAACAAUUUAAAGAACCUCAGAGGCAACCAAACACCCCGCCCCCACAUUUUUUGAAUCCUCAGCAAACUGCGCAUCAUCAACAUAAUUUACAAAAGCCACAUCCUUCGCAAAUGAAAGGUCCACCCGGAUUUCUGAAUAACCAAGUUAGGCCAAACAGUAACUUCACAAAUAAUAUGGCGCAACACCCAUUGCUUCAACAUCAAACAAUAAAUGUUGGCAGCGGCUUAGGUUCAGGAUACCCCGUAUAUCCUAAUGCAAUGGGUCCGCAUUUGCAACAGCAAAACAACCAACUCCAACAUCCAUUAUUAAACCAGCAUGGGCUGCCAUCGAACUUUCACCGUUCACUGCCAAGUACACAUCUCCCAAUAGCUUUGAAUAAUUUUGCAAUGCAUCCCAAUUUCAACGCUAUGCGAGCCGCUGCAGCAGUUACUGGUAUACAUCCUGCUUCUUUAGUACAACAGCAACAACAGCCGCGUAUUGUUCCGCAUCCACCCAACUCAGCUGUUUUACUAAACACACAACACUCAAAUUCCAUGUAUAACAUGUUCAAUAUGCGUUUGGUACAGGAAAUACAACAAAAUCAUCCGCUUUUGCAAAAUGCUGCCCGUCAAAUACCACACGUUCAGCAACCAAUUGGAAUAAAUCAACACCAAAAUCUUGCUCAACAAAGAGCGAAUAUCAGUGGAAAUAAAACAAUACAUCAGCGGCGUGAAGGUGGAUCUGCGAAUGGAAAUUUACCACCGGAAGAUUUCGAUCAAUAUGCUAAUCUUAUGAGUACACGUGAUAAACAUUGGUUGAUCGGUAUUCAGCUCUCACAGUUAAAUACGGACACUCCUUAUAUUGAUGAUUUUUACUAUACCGUGUAUCGCGAAAAAAAAGCAGUUAAAAAUGGUAAUGUACGUCACAGUCAGGCCCACAAAGAUAACCAACUAAACCAUCCGCUAACUCAACCAAAGGGUCAUGCUCAACUUAUUUUAGUUCAGCUGGGCAAUAAAAAUGGGACGCGAAAUGGUCAGCUUCGCGAACGUCGCAACUCGGAAAGCACAGUAGCGGCUAGCAAUAAUUGUGGAAAUAUAGGUAAUAAUCAAGAUCAGAAAACUCCUUACGUUUUCACUCCAUUAAAAUUUGAGAAUUCGCUUGGCAAACUGCAAUAUGGAAGCGUGACGGCACCACGGAAAAUAAUAGAUGCUGACAUUAUGGGUAGCGAGGUAAAUGUCGGUGGAGUUGGUGAGGGUGUAAAAUAUACGGACAGCCCCAGUGGUAAUAAAUCUGCCUACGUGAAAUCUAAUAUGUCAGUUAGCUCUCAAUCUGGUGCUAUUAACGACAUCGCAUCCUCUGCUCAUCGCAAGUCGCGCCAUAUUCUGUUACACAUCGAGACACUCUUCCGCAUUGUCCUAAAAUUAGAGGACUUGAAUAAUCCUAUUGCAAUUGCAACUAUUAUAAUGAAAAAGAAGAAAGAGAAUGAGCGUAUCGCAGCCUUAGAGCUAUUAGAAAACGCGAACAAAACUCAAGAAGAGCGAAUGUCAGAAAUAAGCGGCUCAUCUGCAGCGAAUCCAGCGUUAAAAAAUAAAUUUACGUAUGAGAUUGAAAAGAAAGAAGUACUUCUUGCUAAACUUAUUGCAGGACUUUCACACGAGGAAGUUCCUGCCAUAAUGAAUGUUCGUAAAGGAAAGGCAUUGAUUCGUCGCAUUAUGCCAUAUAUAGAAGACCAUGAAGCACGUUGGAAUAUCUGGAUGGGAGUUUUUUCUUCUUUACAAAAUGUUGUCAAAAAAGACAGAGAAGAUCUUGAUGGAACUUUAUAUGCUCUUUAUCCUGAGUUCAAAAAACAUGUUCGCGAAGCUAACUUUACGACGAUUAUAAAAAUUUCAUCCUCAAUACCGCUUAACGAAAAGAAAUCUAACGUAAUAUUUUGUAGUAAGUUUGGGAUUUCCUCGCUGGUUUGCUUGGUGCUUCAAGCUGAGAAUAUAUACAGAGGAGGUCAUGACGACACGCACACCGACGCAAAUAAAGGGAAAUGGCGUAAUUUUUUGGAUCGUGUUUCGAUGUCUUUAAAUCGAACCAUACAAAAUCAAACAAUUUGCGCCGAGAUUGAAUCAGACUCAAUUCAACCGAUGAUGGAUCAUUUCGCACGCUUUGAAGAUCUAAAUCUUGACUCACUUUUGCAACUUAUUACUGAGGCAAAACAGCAAAUUAACUAAACACAUACCAACUUAUGAUAAAAAGUGUUUGCGAAAUCAAGUGUGAGGCGGCAAAGCUCUGAACAGGAAAAUAAAAAGUUAUUUUAGUAGCAAAUAUUGAUUUAUAUUUGCAUGAAAUACAUUUUUAGUACUUUUUAAAAGAUGAUACAGUUAAAUGUAUAUUUUUAGAACCAGUAAGCCGAUAAGAACAUUGCCUAUAUAGUUUCGGCACAGUGGCUUUAGCUGGUGUACAAGAAAAAUUUAUUUUAUGACCAGAAAAUAUAUAAUCUUUUCUGUAGCCUUUUCGAUUAAGAAUUGCUUAUUUUCAAAGUUGUUUGGCAUUAGUAAUUUAUAAUAUUCGCGCGCCAUUAUGUUUAUAAUACGAGUAUGUUGUCUUUUACCUUUUAUUGCAAACAUUUUACUUCAAAUAUGACAUCAAUAUUAAAAUAGUCGAGAAAGCACAACAAGUUCUUUAUAUAAGCAGAUUUCAAGGAGACUAAAAGUUUGUGUAAGAGAGCGGUUCAAAAAUUUUCAUAAGUAUUUUUAAAGCAUUUUUAUAUGAACUGUUAGUUGUUUCUUGAGGACAUAGAUCAGCUAUUAUAAUAAAAAAAAUUGUCAUUCGUUAGCUGAGGGUUUAAAGUUUCAGAAAAAAUAUAUAUCUUUUUAUUAUAGAUUUUGUGUAUUCAUAGUUUUCUUUGUGUUUUGUAAAUAUGGAAAACAUAGUUUUAGGAAGACAUUUUAUUUAACUCCGAACCGGAUAGCGGUAAUGAUAUAAAAUAUCGAUUACAGAGACAAAGUUGAAUGAACUAAUACAAAUGACGAAGACAUACACCAUUGCAAGAAGUUUAUUUACAUUUUUAAUAAUACAUUUUUAUCCUGGUAAAUUUAAAACAAUGCUUUGCAUUCAAUAUUUCAUGAAAUAAUAUACACAAACAUAUGAAUAUAUAUGUAUGUGAAUUUGUAUAUAAUACGAAAUUAAUAGAUAAAUGCUUCGUUCGGUGCUUCAACUUUAAAAAUCGAUACGUCAAUAAAACAAAUUAUGUAGUUACGGAACACUUGCGAAUGUAUAUGUUUAUGGAGGUUAAUUUAUGUUCUAGCUCUUAAUACAUACAUAUAUUUAUUCACUGUGGGGUUUCUGACUUUAACACGUGUCAAUUUAUUAUUAUUUUUUAUCCUAGUAACUCCCGUCAUACUCUAAUAUUGUUUGGAUGUUCUAAAUAAAUGUAAAAAUUAAUAUUUUUCAAUAAAAAAUUAAGGGUACAAUUUUAGUUUUUUAUUGUGACACAUCUAGUAUAGAGUUGUUGGAAAAACAUCACGACGCAUACCACAAUAAUGUUAUUUAAGGGUAAAAUUAAAACUUUUGCUUUGUCUGGAAUAUUUCAAUAAUAUGGACAAUUUUAAUGUUAUUCGGUUAACGUGUUUUAGCUAAUUUGUUUUAAAUUUUGUUCAUACAAAUACAAGUAAAUAACUCAAAGUUUCAUACUUAGUAUAUAACCAUGGGAAAACUAUUACUAUCUUCCCUUAAAUUUA